AGUCUUGUACGUUAGACUACUUCUACCUCCCAGAAUGGCAGACUCUCAUCGCACCAGGGUUGAUGGCAAUGACAAAGUUGAAAAAGAGGGCACCAUCAAGAGGAGGGAGUCCAAGCCAGAAUUCUCAGAAGAUGAAGAAAUGCUUAUGGCCAGAAUGUAUAGACUGGUUGGACCAAGGUGGGCUUUGAUAGCUGGAAGAAUACCAGGAAGAACACCCCAAGAAAUGGAGAAGUACUUCACUUCCAAAAAUGCUUCAACAAGCAAUUAACCAAGGAUCUUGAGUUGCACCUAUCUAGCUAGUGUUCGUUCGUCUGCUACUCCUGGUUUGGAUUGUGCUGCUUCUGCCCCUAGCUGUGAAGAUUGUUCCAUGGAUUUUCAGCAACUCUUUUAAGUGUGUGCAUUUUCUUAGUUCUUUCUUCUCUUCA